GUUAUUCUGUGUGUGCUCACAGCUGAUUGGAUGGCUCUGGCAGGGGUGUAGACCCUCCUGAUUACUAGAUUGCACGCUGCACUAAGCAAGGAAAACGCUUUGAACUUCUUCACUUUUUGCUCACUGUCAUUUUUUCCCCAAUGCGCUGUUCCUCACUGCCAGCAAGGUGCUUUCCUAAAGAAGACACCUCAAGGAAGGAGUGGGAAAGUGAUCUGUGUGUGAGAGCCUUUAUCCUCCUCUUGCCUGUUGCCUCAUCCCUUGCCUUUCUUUAGCACACAAGGGCAAUCACACACACACAUUGGACCUCUGACAACUGAUUCUUGGACCAAAAGGAAGCCUAGGAUCUUGAAUAUUUGCUACCUGCUCCUCCAUCAAAAGCUUCUGCGCCCUUGUCACAGUGGGGAGGUCUGCUGCUGCUGCUGCUGAUUUGUUGUUCUUGUUGUAUAUAUGUGUGUGUGUGUGUUCAGGCUCUGAAUACCUGGCAUGAUUAGUUAAGACUUCAUUCUUCAUUUUCAAAAGGGACACAGAAGGGGGGAGAAGUGGAGUUGGCUGGAGCUGGUCGUAGAGAUUGAGCAGAACCAUGUCUAAGCCUGUUGACCAUAUCAAGAGACCCAUGAAUGCCUUCAUGGUGUGGUCCAGAGGGCAGAGGAGGAAGAUGGCCCAGGAGAACCCUAAGAUGCACAAUUCGGAGAUCAGUAAAAGACUUGGAGCAGAGUGGAAACUUCUGUCCGAGGCUGAGAAAAGACCUUACAUCGACGAAGCCAAAAGACUCAGGGCGCAGCAUAUGAAGGAGCAUCCUGACUAUAAAUACAGACCAAGACGCAAGCCCAAGAACCUUCUGAAAAAGGACAGGUAUGUCUUUCCUCUCCCUUACCUUGGAGACCACGACCCACUUAAAACGGGACUUUCCAUGAGUGCUACUGACUCCAUCUUCGGGGCUUCUGAGAAGGCAAGAGCCUUCUUGCCCCCAACAUCAACACCUUACUCACUACUAGACCCAAGCCAAUUCAGCUCCACCACCAUCCAGAAGAUGACAGAGAUGCCCCAUACCUUGGCCACCAGCACCCUUCCUUACGCCUCGACUUUAGGAUACCAGAAUGGGGCAUUUGGGGGCUUAAGCUGUCCAAGCCAACACACCCACACCCAUCCUUCUCCAACCAACCCUGGUUAUGUGGUGCCCUGUAACUGUUCAGCAUGGUCAGCGUCUAAUUUGCAACCCCCGGUUGCCUACAUAUUGUUCCCUGGCAUGACUAAAGCUGGUUUAGACCCUUAUUCUUCUGCACAUACAACAACCAUGUAAGAAGGGUGUUUGGACCGAGAUCACUGCAGGUUGGACUUGGAUGGUGCAUGUACAGAGGACUGCUAAGAGGGACUACUGAGCCACAGGGAGAAUGCCCACCUGGGACUAUUUAUCUGUGUACAAAGGGCACAAUCUCCCGAUUUACCUGUGUGUGCGAGAUGCCACGAUCCGAUCCAAUCCAAUUCUUUUACUGAGCCAUGCGGAUACAUGUUUCCAGGACGAAUUGUAAAGAAUUGUACAGGUUCUGCCACUUUAUUUUAGCUGCCCUGUUUGAACGUUGCCACUUUAUUUAUUGGUUUUUAAAUGUUUAUCAGUUUGUCCUUUAUUGCUCUGUGACUCUGACCUUGAAUUUAGAAGCAACUUGAAAAUUAAAUUAUUAGUAUUUACCAUGAACCCUUUUUAUUUGCACAUGUAUGUUGUGGGGUGGGUGGGAACGUUGUCAGAUAUUAUUGACACAAAACACACAUUUAUUUGAUCGUUUUAUUUUAAACUUAAAAAAAAAAACAACUUUCUCCUAUUUAGGGAAUAUAUUUCUUAAUGUUUUGAGUCUCUUGCCCUUAGGAAAAUAAAUAUUAUGUAGGAAAGUGCUCACAUUUUUUGGUGAUUUCAAGACAAAAUUUAAAAUUGUAAAUGUGGAGAAACCGGUGAUCGGAAAAAUGUAAUUUUUCUAACGAUUUUCCUUUUUUUGCUGUUGCAUUGUGAAAUGUUUAAUAAAGACAACAAUGCAAUUGAACACGUGAGCACAUUAGUGUCACAAUUAAAAUAAUACGCUAUAUGUUAUUUUUUAUUAGCCACUCAGAAAACCGCUGCGACUAUUAUAAUGCGACAUUAGCGAUUUCAGAGAGUUGUGUUUAAACGCAGGAAAUAAAAUGUCACUUUUUUUUUCAAAAAAUAA